AUGAUACUCUUCCUCAACUCUCCAGACAAAGCGUGUCAGCUCGCGAAACAGGCUAACCCAGACCGCGAGUUGAAGAGACAAUUUUACUAUGAGAUCCUUAACGCCGCCGAUCGCGCCUGUCAUUUGGCGAAGCAGGCGUUUGACGACGCGAUCGCCGAAUUGGACACUCUUAACGAAGAUUCCUAUAAAGAUAGUACGCUCAUCAUGCAGCUGCUCAGAGACAACCUCACGCUCUGGACGUCUGACACACAGGGAGAGCCUCUGCUUGUUGUUCUCCCGCCUCUAUUAACUAUUCAGCACACUUAG